UCUGAAAAUGCAUUUUCUACACCACUAUCACUAGAAUUGUAACACCAGAUUUAUGAUAUACAGAUAACAAAAAAUCUAACCGCGUUACAGUACUAAACGAUGUAAGAAUAAUACAUCUGCGAUGCCUUCGACCAAACUGAGUAGUAACUUUCUCGCUCAGGAAAAGUUGCAUCACCAUUAGUCAUUCUAGAUAACUAUAUACAAAUGUUCAAAUAGAUAAGUAGACAGGCAUGUUCGGAUAGGCAAGUUCAGUUGAAGAUUCAAGCUUAACCAGUUAACAACACACAAGAAAAUUCUCCAAUCUCCAAAGCGAAAUGGUAACCAAAUACAGUGCAGCGGACCACGUCUGGAUAGGCGAGCAGCGCCCAGGCAUUCUUAACCCGGCGGCCAAUUUAGGGCAGAUAUUCUUCAACCUUCUGUCCCACAGCCCAUCCCGGGUGAUCCAAAUCAAUGCGGAUACGGAUUACCACAUGACCUGCGCAGAAAUGCGUCUCAGAGUCGUGCGAAUUGCGCUGAACCUAAAGAAGCUGGGUUUUCAGAAAGGCGAUCACGUCACCUUGGCAUGUACAAAUACCGACAAUACGGUUCCAGUUUUUGUGGCCUGUUUGACCAACGGAAUGCCGGUCAAUCCCCUGGCACCGGUCUUCAAUAAAAGUGAUUUUGCCUACAUGCUAAAGCAAACCCAACCUAAAGUGGUGUUUUGUGAUGAGGACAAUCGUAGCGUUGUUGAGGCUGCCGUUCAGGAAGCCCUCAAAAUAUCACCCAAAAUUUUCGUCUUGGGUCAAGCUGAAAAUGAGAAGGAAUCGGUCGACUUCCUGCUACAACCCAUUGAAGGGGAGCUUGAUUUCGUACCGGAAUAUUUCGGAAACUCGGUUGAACUGCUGGCGAUGGUUCUAUGUUCAUCGGGAACCACCGGUCUACCGAAAGGCGUCUGUCUGUCUCACGCCCAUCUAAUCGAAUGGGAAGUUUUCAGCAACGAACUUAAUGCGGGACCCAUCUUCAGCUUCAGUGCCCUAUUCUGGGCUACCAGCCUUCUGGGAGCCCUUACAUCGCUCUACUGUCUACGACCCCGAGUUAUCACAGCGCAGAUGUUCGACGAAAAGCUUCUGGUAUCCAUCAUCGAAAAAUACCGGGUUCAUGAUGUCUUCACUCCGCCGUGUUACUUGUCGGCCCUGAUCAACAGUCCGUACUUCGAACAGGCCGAUUUCCGCAGUGUCAAACGAUGGACCCUGAGCGGAUCGAUGGUCUCCGAAAGUAUCAGAGUCAAGCUGGAAAAACGGCUACCAAAUGGAUGUGCCCAAUCGGUUUACGGAACUUCGGAAAUCGGAUUCAUAACUAAAGCUUAUGGACCUUAUAAGUCCGAUUCCGUAGGACAGAUGGUGUCCAACAUUGUGGCCAAGAUCGUUGAUGAAGAUGGCAACCGAUUGGGACCUUGCAAAGUUGGCGAGAUGAGAUUCCGUUACAAGCAUACGUUUUUGGGUUAUUUCAACAAUCUAUUGGCAACCAGAGAGGCCUUCGAUGAGGAUGGCUUCUUCAAAUCCGGGGACGUAGGCUACUUCGAUGAAGAUGGUUUCCUGUACGUGGUAGAUCGUAUUAAGGAUGUCAUCAAGUAUUGCAACUAUCAAAUUUCCCCCUCGGAAUUGGAGGUGGCGAUUCAGAGUAUUGAAGGCGUUCUAAAGGUUUGUGUAGUAGGGGUACCUUUGUUGGAUGAGUCUUCGGAUCUGCCAACGGCAGUCGUUGUCAAAAAGAGCGAUUCCGAUUUGACCGAGGAUCGCAUCAUGGCGAUCAUCGAUGGUCAAGUGAGCGACUACAAACGACUACGAGGAGGGGUGUUUUUCGUGAAUCAGCUACCGAUGUCGGCUUCCGGGAAAGUUCUGAGGAGAAAGGUCAAGGAAGCACUGCAAAAUUUGAACACCGUGGCAACAUAGGAAGCUUAAGUUUGAUUCGUACAAAUUUUAUAUUUUAAGACUUUUAUCAUUUAGAACUUACUGGAGGUCACUAGCUGCUAGGUUUAAAAUGACUACUAUCAUGCUUCACAAAAAGUCAGCGAUAUUUUGGCACGUAUAAGAAAACUUAAAAAGUUGGUUUUUACAUACAUAGAUUAAAAUUAAAAUUUUUGGUCUAAAGUUCUCUUUAAUUGUGGAAGCUCAUUAAAAACGAUAUGUGAUUUAAAACGUUAUUUUCAGUAUUGAAGUUUGUGGUAAAAUACCGAUAAUUAUUUACUUCUUUUCACAAUCACAGAUGUUUGCUGUCUGUUGAAUUUUCAAUAUGUUUGUAAUUGAACCUUUUGUAAAUUUUAAAUUCAACAGUAAGUCUACCAUACAUUGUUAUAUUCGAUUUGAAAAGAUACAUGAUUUAGCGUACAACUUUAAAGAACGCCAGACAAUACUUCAUAUUUUAUACUUUAAUCGGUGCAAAUUUUUGAUAUAGGAUUUUCAGCUGCAUACGUUUUUAAGCGUGUUUCUCGAUGGUUUCACUUAAGCAACAUGGUUCUGCAGGGGUUAUAUGAUAGUUUUUUGUCCUCUGCACACUGCAUGUUUUACCUGCGCUAGUCAUAUUCAUAGUCAAUAAAAUAUUUGUAAAAUUGGCCUAAACCAAAGAUAACAGAUUGGUAGUAUUGAUCAAUACCGAUAAUUGCUAAAUAAUUAGGUAUUUGUAAAAAUUGGAUACACUAUAAAAACGUUUAUCGAAAUUAUAACUUGGUUCGGAAAUUCCUUAAAAUUACCUGGGUUUUUAUUUGUUCUCUAAAUUCUCAAAAUUAAAUUUUAAUCUAAAAAAACAUUUAGAAUUUAGAACUUAGAAUUUAGAAUCGUUUAUCGAAAUUGUGACUACUUCUUCGAAAAUUCCUUAAAUUUACCUAGACACGUGUUUUUAUUUGUUCUCGAUAUAAUCAAAAUUAAAUUUUAAUCUUAAAAAACUUAACAUCUAC